AUGUCUUUGGUAUCAGGACCUGGCCGCGCAGCCUCCUCCGCUCUCCCGGACGAGAUCCAGCUUGCGAUCGAGCCCCAUGUGAAAUAUAUCCAAAGCCUUGACUCGCGUAGGAAUGAGCUCGAAUAUUGGCUUACAGAGCAUCUCCGUCUGAGUGGACUCUACUGGGGUCUUACAGCUCUUCAUCUACUCGGCCGCCCAGAUGCCCUUUCCCGCGACGAGACGAUCGAGUUCAUCUUAAGCUGCCAGAACGAGAAUGGGGGGUUCGGCGCUGCGCCGGGACAUGACGCUCACUUAUUGUCCACGUUGAGUGCUGUCCAGGUGCUUGCUACAGUUGAUGCGUUAGACGAACUAGAUGAGAGGGGGAAGGGGGACAAAGAGGGAGGAGGAAAAUUGGCAGUAGGAAAGUAUAUUGCGAACCUCCAAAAUCGAGAAACAGGCACAUUUGCAGGCGAUGAAUGGGGCGAAGAGGACACCCGCUUUCUUUAUGCGUCACUAAAUGCACUGUCGUUGUUGCUUCUCCUGCAUUUGGUGAACGUGAAUAAGGCAGUGGAUUACGUCGUCUCUUGUGCGAACUUUGACGGCGGAUAUGGUGUUAGUCCGGGUGCCGAGUCUCAUUCUGGUCAGAUCUUUGCUUGCCUAGCUGCCUUGAACAUUGCUGGACGGAUCGAUCUUGUAAACGUCGAUAAACUCGGUAGGUGGUUGAGUGAGAGACAAGUUGAUGGCGGUGGCCUGAAUGGUCGCCCGGAGAAGCUGGAAGAUGUCUGUUAUAGUUGGUGGGUGGCGAGUAGCCUUACCAUGAUUGGGAAGCUGCAUUGGAUUGAUGGGGGCAAGUUGACUGAGUUUAUCUUGAAGUGUCAGGAUACCAAGCAGGGUGGAAUUGCUGAUCGACCUGGUGAUAUGGUUGAUGUAUUCCAUACACAUUUUGGAAUAGCUGGCCUUUCCUUGCUAGGGUAUCCAGGGCUAGAGGAAGUCGAUGCCGUCUACUGCAUGCCAAAGAAAGUUAUCGAGCGAGUGCUUGGCCCAAAUAAAUAA